UUUUCAUCAUGAUCAUGCAAAUUCACAGAAUAUAGAUUUUCUUUCCCUUUCUUUUUUAUUAUAAUUAAUUUGAUCAUAUAUGGUGAUCAUGGGGAACUCAAAUUACUUGAUAUUAAGAUUUUCCGAUGUAUUCAUAUACAUGAUGAUGAUAUUGUUAUUAGAGCCAAAGAAGAGCUUGGUCAAUGCUGGUCGGAAUGAUGCAACAACUAUUGUAGUGCCUAGUUUUUGUACUACAAAUUCAAAUGUUCUUCUUCCACCCUACCAUGACAUCCCUAAAUCCAUAUGUUCAACCCUUGAUUGGCACGGCUACAGCAUUAGCUUUUAUCAAGAUAAGAAUGCCGUUGUUACCGUCAUACUAAUGGGGAUACAUGAGAAUAAUUGGAUCUCGGUUGGGGUGUCCAAGGACGGGAUGAUGGUCGGUUCGAGUGCGGUGGUGGGGUGGAUGAACAACGAUGGUAAAUCCGGCACGGUAAAACAGUAUUUUCUAAGUGGACGUAUGACCAGUGAACAAGUGAUACCAGAUAAAGGUGACUUGAAAUUCACCAAUGUUACACCUACCAUUGUUCUCAAGGACAAAAUAAUUUACCUGGGGUUUCAACUCCAGUUUCCCCAACGUCUCAGUCGGCAGCCAUUUCUAUUUGCUUGCGGGUUUGGCAAGCCUGCUGAGAACAAUAUCCUGCCGAAGCAUAAAUACAGAAGCGCCUUGGCAGUUGACUUCUCCAGAGGUGCUAUAUAUCUUGGUUUUGUAGACAGCACAAGCAUGAAGCUGACCCAUGGAAUAUUGGCUAUAACUGGAUGGGGCAUAAUCAUUCCAUUUGGAGUUCCUAUAGCCAGACAUUUUAGGCAGUAUGAGCCUUUAUGGUACUACCUUCAUUCAUCAGUUCAGUUUGUGGGCUUCUUUGUUGGUCUUGCUGCUGUGGCUGUUGGAAGGACACUCUACGAUCUCAUCCAUGCCGACUUUAAUUACCACAGAGUCCUUGGAUUCGCUAUCCUCGUACUCAGUGUUCUUCAGAUAUGCCAAUUCAUUGUGAGGCCAUCCAGUAGCAGCAAAGCCCAAGACUACUGGAACAAGAUCCAUCAUUGGGUGGGGAGACUGGUGAUUGUGCUUGCACCUGUGAACAUUUUCCUUGGGCUUUAUAAAGGAAAUGGAGCCAGAGGGUUGAUGAUAACAUUUUUGUGUUUCUUUUUUACUUUUCUUUUCAUCUCAAUUUGUUUGGAAAUACGGCUGCUGCUGCAGAAAAAAAGAGAACCAAAUACAAAGUUAACUGAGCCUCCUCUUUUUCAAGUACCUCCACGCAAUUCAUAGAUGUUUUUACUUUUUUUUUUAGGAUGGUUUAUAUACUUGUGUACAUACCAACAACUCAGAG